GUCAUUGCUGGGGCUGGGGCUUCUGUAAGCUAACUGAGGAGCAGACUGGAUUUGUCCGCCUUUGGUUGGCUGCUUUGAUGUGAAUAUUCUGUCAAUCUAAAAGUGAGAGGUCAGCGCAGCUACUAGCAUACGAUAUUCGCAGGCUACACUGCUGCAGGACAACCCAGGAAGUCAACAAAGUUGCUCAUUAGCACCAGUUUCCUUUCGGCAGUAUAGCUGAACCGUCGGUAUGAGUGCCGGCACCUCCUCGACCAUCGGGGAGUUAUUCCUCAUCCUCAGUGAGAUGGGUUUCACAAAGGAACAGAUCCAGGCCGCUGUGCAGGCGGGGCAUUUCUCAGUGCCAGAGGCAGCUGAGUGGCUCUUACAGGGUCAGUAUCCACGGCACAAGUUGGUCAAGCAGUCACCGCAGCCUGCUGAGACAGCGUUUUCUGCUUUCAACCCACCUAAAGAGGCAACAGACACUUCCCAACAACAAGCAUCUCCCACUGGCAGUCAAGCGAGCCCUUCAUUGGUGCUGAGACCAUCAAAAUCAGGCAACCUGUCCCCAGAGCCACUGCCCGUUGAGUCUCGCAUCAAACAGGAUAAAGGUGACUUUGAAGAGCAAGAAAGACAACGUGUUGCUCAGGAAGCCAGAGCAGAGAGAAGACAAAAGAAACAGGAGCGAGAGUUGGUGUUGAAGCGGAUAGCUGAGGAUCGGAAGAGCUUACAGCAGAAGACCCAGACAGGCGCUGUCACAGAGACGUCACCUCCUAGUGGUCAAGGGCAGAGGCUCGGGGGACAGAUUCAGACAAAUGUCGAUAACAACUGUGUCCUCAUGAUUCGGCUGCCAUCCGGCGAGUCAAUCCGUGAACGCUUCCCGGCCGACGCCCCCCUCCGCAGCGUUGUGGAGCACAUCUCCGGACGUCACCCUUCCCUCCUGUCCUUCUCUCUCCUCCAGGGUUUCCCUCGGAAACGUUUUGGGGAGGCAGAACUCGCAUGCUCACUGCGCUCCCUUGGCCUAACGCCCAAUGCUGCCCUGUGCAUUCAAACCACUCCUCCAGAAACACCUCAGGAGCCACCAAAUCCUGCAGAUCCACCGCUAACGGUACAGAAUGAGCCUCCUCCCUGUGCUGUGCCUCCUCAGCCUCAAAUUCCCGUCCCGGAGGAUUCGGGUCUUCCACCACCACUACCCAACCAAGUGUGGGAAGAAGCGGUGAAUUACGCAGGGAUUCCUGGAGCUGGUCCUUCACUGUCUGGGCCUUCACACUUCUGGGGGCGAGGCAAUAGGUUGGUUCCUGAUAAUGAAGAGGAAGCUGCUGCCAUAGAGGUUGAUGAAGACGAAGAACGUGAGGAAGAACCACCUUAUGUGCUAAAUGAAAUGCCGAGGCUGCCUUUCUUUCCGGAGAACAGGAUUCGAGGAGGAUUUGAGCCAAGGCAUCACUGGCCAGAGCAAGGCAAUCGACUCAGGGAGGCUGCAGCAGACGACCAAGCAGUUCCCGAGGAUGCGGGAGGUCAGGUUGCACCUGGAGCUGCAGGUUUGGCAGCAGUUGAACGUCUUCAAAGAGCUGCGCAGCAAGACGACCCCAGUGCCUCACAGGGGCAGCCGUCGCCUCCUAAAAGGCCCUACAGGACACUCAGCGUACCAUCUCUAUGUGCCUUGGCUACCCGUGCGACCGUGCACCUCAUGACCACUCCCAGCAUGCAGUACAGCAGUAGUCUGGCAUGUCUGACCCCUGAGCUAGCAGAGCUUCUGCUCAACCACAUGUCCCGCGAAAGGCUUCUUCGUCCACGCACCCUGGAGCUCUUCUUCGGCUGCCCAUUGCAGAAAUUUGUUCUUAACUGCUACCCGUACUCCACCAACGAGCUCCUGCGGCAGUUGAGGGCCUUUACGGUACUCAAGCACCUGAGUCUCGUCAACUCGCCUCUCAUCACAGACUCUGGUCUGUCAAUCUUGUCCAGCCUGGUCAAACUCCAGUACCUGAACCUCUCUUCCUGCAGCAAACUGACCGACUCCUGUCUGCAGCACAUCACAGGUUUGAAGAGUUUGUCUCUCCUGUUUCUGGACCAGACCAAAGUGAGCGAUGCUGGGAUGGUGAUGUACCUCCAGUCGGCUCCGUCCUGCCUCAUUCAGCUCAGCCUGAAUGAGACGGCAGUGACUGAAGCUACGCUGGCAGUCCUUCCUGCCUGUGUGCCACACCUGCGACACCUCAGCAUCAAGCUGACGGAGAUUAAGAAUAUCUCCGCUCUGGCAGAGCUGCCCUGCCUGCAGACACUCAACCUGGAUGGAACUGGCGUGACAGAGGAGUCACUGAUGCACAUCGCCACCCUCCCUGCCCUGUCCUCCCUCAGUUUGGGGGGAAUUCGCUUUCACGAUGGCAACAAUGCCCUGCAGAUCAUCUCAGGUCUAAAGUUGACCCACCUCAUCCUCCCUGGACGCUUCUUUGUGAACGACAUUGGGCUGUCUCACCUCUCCAAUCUGUCCCUGCUCUUAGAGCUGGACCUGAAGGAUUACAACCAAGUCACAGAUGAAGGAAUUAAACACCUCUCCUCCUUGACUAAGCUGAGGAAGCUGUCACUCAGUAACACUCAGGUGACAGAUGCCGGACUUCCGUCUCUGCAUGUGCUGCACAAACUGCAGGAUCUGUGUUUGGACCAGACGGCCGUCACCAGCCGAGGAGUGGCCGAACUUAUCGUCUGUCUGCCGCACCUUGAGGUGUUAGGGUUAGCCAACACUCGGGUGGGAGACUCUGUAGUGAAGAGAGGUUUGAUCCGCUGUAAUCAGCUGGUUAAGAUUAACCUCAAACGGACACGAAUCACAGACCGCGGUCUUAAGUUUCUUAAACACAUGCACCUGGCUCGGGUGAAUCUGGACUUCACUGGUGUCAGCCUGAUUGGGAUCGCGAACCUCCUCUCUUUCUCCAACAUCAGCAACAUACAGGCCUGCCACACUCGCACCAUCCCACCUGAUGAGGUGUCAGAUGAGGAAUGGGAAGCCCAGUGAGCAUCACUACCUUCGACUGGUCCUCGCAUAUUAUCCCCGAGAGCGCCGUCGCCGACUGUUGCGGUCCUCUUUUAACCCCCGCUGCCUCCAGCCUCACCUGGAAACAGCGUAACGAAAGCACUCCAACUUGCACCGUUUCAACUGCAGCUAGUGCCACUAAUGGGUCAGACAUGCAUGCCAAGUUGAAACCUUUAACAGGAGGCUUGUGUUUAACAGUUAGGCCACAUGUUUACAUACUGUAUAUAGAAUCAGUAUUUACUUGCAGCUUUUCUGGAGAAGGCCACCUGACAAACUUCGGAGCUUUAAGUGCAGACCUGUACGUUGGAGACGGCAGUUUCUCUUGGCUGGCGCAAAAACAUUUACUUUUUGUUGGUAAUGCAACAUAACGGCAUGGAUUUUCAGACUUAAAACAUUAAAUGAUUAAUCAGUGAACUAAUUAAUUCAACAUAAGGUGGUUGAUAAUUUGGUAGAUAUUAAGGCAUAUGAUUUCUUUUCAGUCAUUCUUUGAUCACUAGUAUUAGAACAUUGGACAUCUCAGUUCAUGAUAGAUUAGUUGGUUGAUCUAUUAGUACAUGCAAGACCUUCUGGUACAAGCUAGAGCAUGACCAGUUUUGAAACCAUCAUGUUCAACACUUGUUAUUUAGCAUUUGUAAAAUUCAGUUUAUCAUGGAUUUGAUCUCCACUGCUUUAAGUUUAAAUUAAAAAUAUUUAUGGUUUUGUUUGCCAUUAAAUGUCCAACAUCAUGUUUUCAUUCCAGUUUUAAUCCCUCUAAAAAGGUCCGGACAACAUUUUGAAAUCACACCUGUAUGCAUUUCACCUGGCUUGCUGUAGUUUAAUUGCAUCCCGGAGAUGCAUUGGCCUCAUGUUUGUGCAAGAAUCCUUCAGAUUCUUUUGUUAGUUUGCCAAGAAAUACCAAUAUUCAUUUUGGCAGUAAAGCUAUUUAGUUACCUGGAGAACUGGCGAGAGAAAUACUUAGUCAUAAAACUGUAUCGAUAGGAUCUAUGCAGCCAUGCAGCUUACAUCAGAAUCCAAAGCGAUUUCGUUUCACAUGUAGUUUUGUCCUCUUGUUUACAGAGAUGUAAAAUAGUUUAUUUUCCCUUAAAGCUUUUUGAUUUGUGGAUACGACCACUGUAUUCAUCAGGGUUGAAGAAGAAUAAAAGGUUUUCUCAAUCUAAA